GCUGUCGCGCGCUCACUCGAACGCAGGUUUCCUUGGAUACGGAGUUUUGGAGCCGGUCGAGCGUCCUGUGUGUUUUAUCCGUCUUAUUUUUAUGGCUGUCUGUCUGUUUUUCCCGUAUUUUUUCUUUAGCCGCCCAUGAAUUACAACCAGCAGACCAUCCCAAAUCGGACAGUCGCGACCGCGGAGUACUUUGGAGGAAGAUAUUUAGUGGGAGCGUUAAUGUGACGAUGCUCGGGCGGCUGAGUGAAGCAGGGCGGUAGAAGCUGUAAGGUUAAGUUGCAAACGAGCUGUGAGGGAUAAAAAGCGAGAAAUAAAAUCGUCCUUUCGAGUCGAAAUGUUGUUCGCCACGGCGUGUUUCCUCCUGCCACUGCUCGAUGUGCUCUUGUGCGCUGGAGAGCCAAUGUUCACCGCCGCCAGCCGGCUGGACUGCGUCAGGGCCAGCGAGCUGUGCCUGAAGGAGCCGGCGUGCAGCACCAAAUACCGGACCAUGAGGCAGUGCGUGGCAGGCAAAGAGAGCAACUCCAGCGUGCUGGCCGGCCUGGAGUCCAGGGACGAAUGCCGCAGUGCCUUGGACGCGCUGAAGCAGAGUCCGCUGUACAACUGCAGGUGUAAAAGAGGCAUGAAGAAGGAGAAGAAUUGCCUGCGCAUUUACUGGGGAAUCUACCAACAUCUGCAGGGGAAUGAUUUUCUUGAGGAUUCUCCAUACGAGCCUGUCAACAGCCGCCUCUCAGAUAUAUUUCGAUUGGCCCCCAUCUAUUCAGAGGGAGGAACAAGCAGCGGUCCCUGGAGUGGCCCAGUCACCGUGGCCCCUGGGAGAGGGGCCUCUGGCAGGGCUAAAGCACCGGAGCCUCAGGACCCUGGUAGAAACAGGAGAGCACACCCCAAUUGGGCUAUUCUGGGGGAGCCAGCACUGGCUAAGGAGAACAACUGCCUGAACGCGGCCAAAGCCUGCAACUUGAACGACACAUGUAAGAAGUACCGCUCGGCCUACAUCAGCCCAUGCACCAGCAGGGUCUCCACAGCUGAGGUGUGCAACAAGCGCAAGUGCCACAAGGCCCUACGUCAGUUCUUUGACAAGGUGCCACCCAAGCACAGCUACGGCAUGCUCUACUGCUCCUGCCCCGUGGGCGACACGUCGGCCUGCUCCGAGCGCCGCCGCCAGACCAUCGUCCCGGCCUGCUCUUAUGAGGACAAAGAGAAACCCAACUGCCUGGCACUGCAAGCCUCCUGCAAGAGCAACUACAUCUGCAGGUCUCGUCUGGCAGAUUUCUUUGCUAACUGUCAGCCUGAGCCCCGGUCUCUCUCUGGCUGUCUCAAAGAGAAUUAUGCGGACUGCCUCUUGUCCUACUCUGGCCUCAUUGGUACAGUGAUGACACCAAACUACCUGCGUUCCCCUAAAAUCAGCGUGUCACCCUUCUGUGACUGCAGCAGCAGCGGCAACAGUAAAGAGGAAUGUGACAGAUUCACCGAGUUCUUUACCGACAACGUCUGUUUGCGUAAUGCCAUCCAGGCGUUUGGAAAUGGGACGGAUGUGAGUGUGUGGCAGCCCAUGCCUCCAGUACAGACUACCACCUCCAUAACCACCCCGUCCCAGAGAGCACGUGAAAGGGACCGAUUGUCCAAUGUCUUAGAGCCGGAAGACUCCCUCUACCAGUUCUGUGGAAGCCUACAGGCUCAGAAGCUGAAGACCAACAAUACAAUAGAUGUGUUAUGUGUGGAUCCGCAGAUCGACCCCAGCUCCUCCAACACCAUCUCCGGAAACUCCUCCGAGCGGCAGGCGUCUCCAUCAGGCCUUAGCUCUCUACUGCUGCUGCUGGCCAUUUCCCUGCACUGCACCCUCACACCCAUACCUGUGUCCACGGCACGGUUGUAGCCACCUGGCAAAGGCAAAACAUGGACGCUCACAAUUUGUACAAAAUUGAUCUCUGUUCCCGGUCCACCCGUUGUACUCACCUUCUCUCUGUCUCCUCUCUCUCUAUCCCUCUUCUUAUGGCUCUGGGUUUUAGGAGCUUUGGUUUAUGCUGUGUUGACGCAACAAACAAAGUGAUUUCGGUGUAUUUGAGUUUUCUCUUUGUUCUCUGCUUUUUUUUUUUUUGACUGGGAGAAGAAACGCAGAAAGGAUGUGUGAGAUUUAUUGGAGGUCUUGCAACAUUCCAGGAGGGACCACAGGGUGUUCUCGAGUGGCUGCUGUUUGGUGGAUGAGAGUUCAUUCAGAAAUGUCUACGGUGGCUCCAUAUACAGUAACUGAGAUGCGUUCAGGCAGCUUUGUUAAGUGUGUUUCGGCGAAUCUCACCUGUGUUUGCGUAUUUUGUGUGCUUACUGAUGUGAUUCACGUUGACUGGCACACAAAGAAAAGCCAGAAGGAGCUCAGUGGCACGCUGCAGGGUUGUCCGCUAUUCCUCACCGUCACUUGGGCUUUCAAUGAAGACUCCUGACCGUGCUCCUCUUCCAGGACACAUAGAAGCAUCAAUCCUUUUCUUUGCUCUCAGCAUAACGCAUAUCAAAAACUCACUUUCACAGUGCAUCUGAGACCUGCUUGGAAGGUUUGGCUGGAUAGGAUUUCAGCUGUGUGUAAUGAGUAUUCCUACAGGAUGAUUGCAGUCAGAGCUUUAAUGAAUUGUUGCGAUCGGCAGAGGUUGAAUGCGUUUCAAUGCAUAUAAUGUGUAGUUUGAGGGAGGCGUGUGGCAGAGAGAGUGAGAGUAUGUUGCAGUGCCUGAGUUGGCUGAGCAGUGGCACUGGGUAUCUGGACCUGUGGAACUGUGCAGAGCAGAGUGCCUCCAAGCCUGUUAUGCAGAACAGUCAUUGACAGUGUUGUUUCUGAUUUAAUCAGACAUAAACCCUUAUCAUCUUUCUUACAAGCCAUUGCUGUAAUUGUACCCCAUCAUGCAACCUUGCCAAACCGCCCGAUACUCAUCCGUCCUUAAGAGUACAUUCAUAUUGCCUUUACAAUGUCGCAGUAGACUGUGCUUGGACCCCUGAGUCCAGAUGAAAUAUGACAGAGUCCUGUAUGUAUAUUCUAGUCUUUUUUUGUAUUGUAAGUCUAUUCUGAAAGUUACAGAGGGGGUAUCUAUCAUGGCUGCAUCAUGUCUAUAUGUCAAAACAAGGUGUAAUUUUGCUAGAAUAAUCUUGAUAUUGAUUUAUCUGGAGCAGAUUUGAUUUAGAAGUUCCCUUCGACUUGAAAUUGUACCCGAUGAAACAGUCAUUCACAUUCUUGAAGCAUGUGCAGUUAACCACUUCAGUCGUUGCACACUUGAAGCAUUUAUGACAUGCUCCUAUGGUUUGUGUAGCUUUUUGGACAAGAAGUUAAUGUAUUGUACUCCAUAUUAUUUAGAAGACAUCCAGAUGUUAUAAAAAAUAUACCUAUGUAUCGUAAAAGCGACUGGAUGUUCUUUAAGAGAAGGUUUUUUGUUUAUAAAUGAUGUUGCUGUGUCUUAUCAUACUGAAUAAGGCUAUCUUGUUGAUUUUUUUAAGUAAAUAUGUAUACAUCAUUUAAAGGAAUAGGCUACAUCUGGAAUGAUUGCUGCCCCAAUGGUACCCCAAGCUGUUCUACAGACGUUUAAGUAAAUACAGUUCUAUUGUUCAAUGGCUUAAAAGAAAAGAGCUCUUAUUUUUGUAUCUUUUGCAUUGUUUUAUCUCUGUAUCCCUCGCCCAUGUUACCACACUGAACAGCAAUGGAGUUAUAAAUAUAGCAUGGGUUGUAAUUGCAAUAAAGGUUUUGGAGACACGGAAGUAGCAGUUCUAGAUGGGCAUUUCCUAGGGCAGCUUGUCGCCUGUCAUAUGCAGCAAGGCUUAUACUGAGUGUACAAAACAUUGGAGAUGGCUUUUUUAUUUUGCUUUGCACUUUAGACUGUUAGGCUGUCACUUGACUAACUACAGAUCUUCUGCUGAUCUACACAGUUCAUGUCAACUUUGCACUGUUUCCACUGAUUGCCAGCCAUUGGCUUAACAUCUGUUGGAGUGGUGAACAAUUCCAAAUAAGUGCCCGAAACUUUUAAGCUUAAAACCCAAUCACGGCUCUUCAGCCUUUUUUCUUGCUUGUUUUCUCCUUACGUACAUAAUCCAUGUCUCAGCUGUCACAUGCCUUAAAAUCGUCCUUUUACCUGCCUCCCCCUUCAUCCACACUGAUUUAAGUGGAUUUAACAGCUGAAAUCAAUUAGAAUUCAUAGCUUUCACAUGGUCUGUUUUAUGAAGCAGUCAGGCCUGGUGUUUUGUAUACUCAGUGUUAUGCUGCAACACCUGAAUGUGCUUUUUACAAACUGAAAGUCGGAAAAUGGUCAUCUAAAAAAAAGAAAUAGCUGAAUAUUCUUUUACACAUCCACAACAUACCGGCCAUUACAACAGAGGACUUGUUCUUGAAUAUAAAUAAAAGAUUCCUCAGCUAUCUGACAUAUUUCUUCCUAGCUUGUGAAAACGUUAAACGUAUUCUAUGAAAACAAUGAUUAAAAUGUUGACUCAUCCAA